AUGCUUGCCUCCGCGAGGACAGGCGCCUCGCUGGCGCUGCGAGCACGCCCUACCACGACCCAGCUCGUCCCCCUCCGCGCCGCGGCGGCCAUCUCGUCGUCGGCCCGCAAGGACGCCGGCGCUGUCCAGCCUCACGGUGGAUACGGGCUGUCGAAGCUCCACGAACGAAAGGAGGUUCCCCUUCCCAGCCAGGAGGGCACCAAGGGCUUUGUCCAAUACGCGCUCACCACCCUCGACAUCAUCACCAACUGGGGCCGGCAGUCGUCCCUCUGGCCCAUGACCUUUGGUCUGGCCUGCUGCGCCGUCGAGAUGAUGCACCUCUCCACCCCGCGCUACGACCAAGACAGGCUCGGUAUCAUUUUCCGCGCCUCGCCUCGCCAGUCGGACGUCAUGAUUGUGGCUGGUACGCUGACCAACAAGAUGGCACCGGCGUUGCGGCAGGUGUAUGAUCAGAUGCCUGAACCGCGCUGGGUUAUCUCCAUGGGGUCGUGCGCGAAUGGGGGUGGGUAUUAUCACUAUAGUUAUAGUGUUGUGAGAGGGUGUGAUAGGGUUGUGCCGGUGGAUGUGUAUGUGCCGGGGUGCCCGCCGACGAGCGAGGCGUUGAUGUAUGGGAUUUUUCAGCUGCAGAGGAAGAUGCGGAAUACCAAGAUUACGAGGAUGUGGUAUCGGAAGUGA